AAUUUAGAAGUUUUGAGUUGGAAAAUUGAAAAAUUAACUAUUUUUCAAUUUUUCGACUGCAAGCGUAAAAAUAUGACAAUUGCUUAUUAUGCAAGACUCAAUAAGAUCGCUAUAUGGAAUUCUUUCAUGAUUGUUUUCGCUUUCUGGAAAGGAUCGAUUUGGAAAAUUAUUCUCGAUGAAGUUGGCACUUGGUAUCUAAUUUAUUUAUGCAUCGCAGGCAUCUAUAGAUUUUAUUUGUCGGCGGAACAACAAGAAAUUUUCUCCUCAUUUAUCAGAGAUCUACAGGAUAAACAUAAUGUCUGCGUUCCAAUGCAAUUCAUGCUCGGAUACUUUAUCGGAAUGGUUGGCGAGCGGUGGGGAGAGUCGUUCGAAAAUGUUAGCUAUAUUGAGAAAGUUGCUCUAUCAGUUGCCGCCUUCAUCCCGGGAGUUGUGAACAUUCAUAACCGGCGUAACAUCAUUCGUUAUAUGGUUUUAUCGCAAAUUCUCGGCAUCCGACAAAUAUCUGCACUGGUGAAGAAGCGAUUCCCGAAUAAUGAUGCGCUGGUCACCGCCGGACUUUUGCAUGAAACCGAGCGGAAAAAACUGGAAAAAGUGCCAUGUGCGGUGUACGCGGAGUCGUUUGUUCCAAUCAUCUGGGCGCUGAAAAUACUGCAGAAAUAUGAAGAGGCAGAGGAGAGGACGUUCAAGGCGGACAAUCCCAGGGAGGAAUUUGGUGGGACUGGUGUAUAUGACACUGUGUACGCAGAGAUUACGGAGUUUCAUGAAAAAACAGCGACUCUUUCCACCUAUGACACCACUCCGAUUCCCCUGGCAUACUCGCAGAUUGUCAUCUUUUCGGUCAGAUUGUACUUCUUUAUUUGUCUGUUCACAAGACAACAUUUGGAUAUGGAUGACACUUAUCUGGAACUGGUUUUCUCCCUGUUCCCACUCCUCACCAUCAUGCAGUUCAUUUUCAUGGUGGGAUGUAUGAAGGUUUCGUCGGUCUUGAUCAACCCAAUGGGAGAGGACGAUGACAAUUACGAGUGCAAUUAUGUUUUUGAUAGAAAUUUAUUUGUUGGAAUGGAAAUUGUGGGAUGGGUUAAAGAGAAUCCGGCAAAAACACACCCGGAUCUGGAUGGCAGGAACAUUAUUGAUAUAGAUAACCGACCGUAUUAUCCGAAAUAUGGAGACAAAUUUGAUGGAAAGAAUAAGGCGUAUGUGGGGUCUUAUAAACAUGUCCCAUUCCCACAUAAAGCAAUGAGCAAGCUUCCGCUAGAUGCACAACAGGUCCAAGGAAAAAAGAAGCGCGUCGGCACAUGUUUGAGUUGCAACUUGACCUUGAAAGAGCCUAACACGUCAGCAGAGGAGCCAGAAGCAGCAAUUGUAGCAUCACCGGGAGCUGUUGUUUUGCAUGUACAGCCACAGUAGCUGGUUUACUCGAUUUUUACCGUUUUUAAAUAAAAUUAUUUUUGAAUUGUUCAAA